AUGGAAUCAAGUCAUCAAGGAGGCUCAUUGAGUCGUCAAGGUGCAUCUUCCCGAGAACAGCCAGCAGCAUCUCCUGUCAUCCUCCCGCCCUGCAUCACCACCUCCACGUACAUCCCCCUCCACACAGAUCAGCCAGCAGCAUCUCCUGUCAUCCUCCCGCCCUGCAUCACCACCUCCACGUACACCUCUCUCCACACAGAUCACUCAGCAGCAUCUCCCGUCAUCCUCCCGCCCUGCAUCACCACCUCCACGUACAUCCCCCUCCUCACAGAACAGCCAGCAGCAUCUCCCGUCAUCCUCCCGCCCUGCGUCACCACCUCCACGUACAUCCCCCUCCACACAGAACAGCCAGCAGCAUCUCCCGUCAUCCUCCCGCCCUGCAUCACCACCUCCACGUACACCUCUAUCCACACAGAACAGCAAGCAGCAUCUCCCGUCAUCCCCCCGCCCUGCAUCACCACCUCCACGUACACCUCUCUCCACACAGAUCAGCCAGCAGCAUCUCCCGUCAUCCUCCCGCCCUGCAUCACCACCUCCACGUACAUCCCCCUCCACACAGAACAGCCAGCAGCAUCUCCCGUCAUCCUCCCGCCCUGCAUCACCACCUCCACGUACACCUCUAUCCACACAGAACAGCAAGCAGCAUCUCCCGUCAUCCCCCCGCCCUGCAUCACCACCUCCACGUACACCUCUCUCCACACAGAUCAGCCAGCAGCAUCUCCUGUCAUCCUCCCGCCCUGCAUCACCACCUCCACGUACACCUCUCUCCACACAGAACAGCCAGCAGCAUCUCCUGUCAUCCUCCCGCCCUGCAUCACCACCUCCACGUACACCUCUCUCCACAUAGAACAGCCAGCAGCAUCUCCCGUCAUCCCCCCGCCCUGCGUCACCACCUCCACGUACAUCCCCCUCCACACAGAACAGCAAGCAGCAUCUCCCCCAGCAGCAUCUCCCGUCAUCCUCCCGCCCUGCAUCACCACCUCCACGUACAUCCCCCUCCACACAGAACAGCCAGCAGCAUCUCCCGUCAUCCCCCCGCCCUGCGUCACCACCUCCACGUACAUCCCCCUCCACACAGAACAGCAAGCAGCAUCUCCCGUCAUCCCCCCGCCCUGCGUCACCACCUCCACGUACACCUCUCUCCACACAGAUCAGCCAGCAGCAUCUCCCGUCAUCCUCCCGCCCUGCAUCACCACCUCCACGUAUAUCCCCCUCCACACAGAACAGCAAGCAGCAUCUCCUGUCAUCCUCCCGCCCUACAUCACCACCUCCACGUACAUCCCCCUCCACACAGAACAGCAAGCAGCAUCUCCCGUCAUCCUCCCGCCCUGCAUCACCACCUCCACGUACACCUCUCUCCACACAGAACAGCCAGCAGCAUCUCCCGUCAUCCUCCCGCCCUGCGUCACCACCUCCACGUAUAUCCCCCUCCACACAGAACAGCAAGCAGCAUCUCCCGUCAUCCUCCCGCCCUACAUCACCACCUCCACGUAUAUCCCCCUCCACACAGAACAGCCAGCAGCAUCUCCCGUCAUCCUCCCGCCCUACAUCACCACCUCCACGUACACCUCUCGCCACACAGAACAGCAAGCAGCAUCUCCCGUCAUCCUCCCGCCCUACAUCACCACCUCCACGUACACCUCUCGCCACACAGAUCAGCAAGCAGCAUCUCCUGUCAUCUUCACGCCCUGCGUCAUCAGACCGCGGGGGCGGUCGGGGUGCUACUAUUGCCAGGACUUCGGUUUCUUUCUACUGUGA